AUGCGAGCGGUCACACAAUUCAAGCAAGGUAGUAUGAUAAUUGAAAUGACAACUAAAGAAGCAGCAACUUUCAUCCACAGCAACCCUGGAACCAAAGACGAACUAGUGCGCAACCUCGACCCAGAUGCGACAUUCAAAGAACGCUCCUACCCACUGAUUGUCCCAUUCACACCAGUCAGCUACAACCCAACUGAUGUUGAAAGCACACGGCAGCUGGAGAGCGAAAAUGGAUGGAACAACGGAACGAUCCUAUCAACACGCUGGGUUAAACCGGCAGAGAAACGGUCAAGUUCUCAAAAAGUCGCGCACCUAAUGAUCACUUUCACAGAACCUCAAACUGCAAACCUAGCAAUACGCGAUGGCAUCACAAUAGAUCACCUUCUCCUGUGGCCAAAGAAGAACAGACACGAGCCACUUCGCUGCGCGAAAUGCCAACACUUUGGUCAUAUAGCUAGGGAAUGCAUAGCCCACGGAGACACCUGCGCAAAUUGUGGAAACAACCAUCGAACAUCAGACUGCCUGACCAAAGACAAGUUUUUCUGCACAGCCUGCAACACAGACGACCACGCUAGUUGGAGCUGCGACUGCCCUUCCUUUAUUCAAAAAUGCGAAGAUACUGACAAAAGAUACCCAGAUAACACGCUACCAUACUUUCCUACAGAUGAAGAAUGGACCCAUGCGACAACUCCGUCCAAGCCACCACCAUACAAGAAAAUGCCGCCAACAACCUUCCCGAAUAAUGAACUACACCAACAACGACUCGACGACUAUUCAACAAGGAACGAAGGCAAUCGAGAUAACAGUGACAGAGCGCCAACCAGAAGAGCAGCACCAACCAGAGGCACCAGACUACCAUCAAGAGGAUUCGCACCCAGCUGA